GCCUGCGCAGUGGCGCCGGGCUGCGCGGGGCGGGCCGCGGUGGGCGGGGCCCGCGCGACGGCGCCUGCGCGGUGGGCGUGAUCCGGGCACUUGGGGCAGGAUGAACGCUGCUUUCCAAGAUGGCGACGGAGGGAGGAGGGAAGGAGAUGAACGAGAUUAAGACCCAAUUCACCACCCGGGAAGGUCUGUACAAGCUGCUGCCGCACUCGGAGUACAGCCGGCCCAACCGGGUGCCCUUCAACUCGCAGGGGUCCAACCCCGUCCGCGUCUCCUUCGUCAACCUCAACGACCAGUCCGGCAACGGCGACCGCCUCUGCUUCAAUGUGGGCCGGGAGCUCUACUUCUACAUCUACAAGGGGGUCCGCAAGGCUGCUGACUUGAGUAAACCAAUAGAUAAAAGGAUAUACAAAGGAACUCAGCCUACUUGUCAUGACUUCAACCACCUCACAGCCACAGCAGAAAGUGUUUCUCUCCUAGUGGGCUUUUCCGCAGGCCAAGUCCAGCUUAUAGACCCCAUCAAAAAAGAAACUAGCAAACUAUUUAAUGAGGAAAACUCUUGUCAGCACUUGUGGAAGGUGGAGUGGAAUGAAGAAAGAGAGAAUGAAGGUAGCGAGACCAGUGAGGAGUCCCUAGUAACGGUCCAGAGACUAAUAGACAAGUCACGCGUAACCUGUGUCAGAUGGGUUCCCGGUUCGGAAAGUCUUUUCCUAGUAGCCCACUCGAGUGGGAACAUGUACUUGUAUAAUGUGGAGCACACUUGUGGCACCACAGCCCCCCACUACCAGCUCCUGAAGCAGGGCGAGAGCUUUGCCGUGCACACUUGCAAGAGCAAAUCCACGAGGAACCCUCUCCUUAAGUGGACGGUGGGCGAGGGGGCCCUCAACGAGUUUGCUUUCUCCCCAGAUGGCAAGUUCUUGGCGUGCGUGAGCCAGGACGGGUUUCUGCGGGUGUUCAGCUUUGACUCGGUGGAGCUGCACGGCACCAUGAAAAGCUACUUUGGCGGCUUGUUGUGCGUGUGCUGGAGCCCCGACGGCAAGUACAUUGUGACGGGCGGCGAGGACGACCUGGUGACGGUCUGGUCCUUCGUGGACUGCCGGGUGAUCGCCAGAGGCCACGGGCACAAGUCCUGGGUCAGCGUGGUGGCGUUUGACCCCUACACCACCAGCGUGGACGAGAGCGACCCCAUGGAGCUGAGCGGCAGUGACGAGGACUUCCAGGACGUCCUGCACUGCGGUCGCGACCGCGCCGGCAGCACGCAGUCGCGGCUCUCCAAACGGAACUCUGCCGAGAGCCGCCCCGUCAGCGUCACCUACCGCUUCGGCUCGGUGGGCCAGGACACGCAGCUCUGCCUCUGGGACCUCACGGAAGACAUCCUUUUCCCUCACCAGCCCCUCUCCAGGGCAAGGACACACACGAACGUCAUGAACGCCACGAGUCCCCCCGCCGGGAGCACCGGCAACUCGGCGCUCCCCCCCCUGCCAAGGUCCAACAGCCUCCCACAUUCCGCCGUCUCCAACGCCGGCAGCAAAAGCAGCGUGGCCGACGGGGCCAUCGCCUCCGGGGUCAGCAAGUUCGCCACCCUCUCGCUGCACGACCGCAAGGACAGACACCACGAGAAAGACCACAAGCGCAACCACAGCAUGGGACACAUCUCCAGCAAGAGCAGCGACAGGCUGAACCUAGUCACGAAAGCCAGGACGGACCCCGCGAAGACGCUGGGGACAGCCCUGUGUCCUCGCAUGGAAGACGUUCCCUUGCUCGAGCCGCUGGUCUGUAAAAAGAUCGCGCACGAGAGGCUGACGGUAUUGAUUUUCCUUGAAGACUGUAUAGUCACUGCUUGUCAGGAGGGAUUUAUUUGCACAUGGGGAAGGCCUGGGAAAGUGGUAAGUUUCAACCCUUAAUGCCGCGCCUCGUCUCGAACUCGAGUAGGUAGUGAUUCCGGUUUCCUUGCGGGCGGGGGGUGUGCGAUGAAUGUGAAUGACACUUCUUAUUCUUAAUGUAAAUCUAAAUGCAUCAGAGCCAUAAUUUUGGAUACUGCAUGCCAUGUAAUUCUGAAUCAUUUGAUAAUUCACCUUAGAGCGUUUCAAAAACUAGAAUCAAACUAAUUGCCAGUGCAGUCACCCACCCUGGGGCCGCACCCCGGGCCAGGCGGUUCCAGUUCAGAGAAUCAUGGCGGGAAACACGACUGUAAAAUGCUAGGGUGAAAAUUUCUGCUUUAACUGGAAUAUUUCUGCUUAACUACUCAAUUAGGAUAUUGUACACCCGAUCAGAGUGUUUAUUCAGUGCGGACGGCCAUUGUCAUUUAUAGUCCAAUUUUUUAUCUUAAUCAUAAAAUGUUUAGGAAUCUAUGAAAUUUAACUUUAGGAACAAAGCGUUCAGCAGGGUUGAUUGAUAUUAUUUUUACAUUGUUCUGGCAAUCCACAGAAAGAGAAGAGCCUUAAUUUUUAAAACCCAUUUUAGUCAUUUUAUGACAAUUAAAAUUGUUUAAUAAACAUCUUUUUCAAAGAA